GACGUUUGUCGUCUUCCUUUAGGGAUUUUCCAUUUCAUAUGAUUUUAUUUAUUUUUAAAAACAAGGUUAACUUUUGAAAUCCUGAAUUGGUUAUAUAAACAUUUUUAUCCUGCACAAAGUUCGUGGUGUUAGCUAAUAUUAAAAAGUACUCACCUGUUAUUUAUUGAAGGACUAGAGAUUAGUAGUGACCUUUUUGAAGAACGCAGUUUUCACCUUUUGACAGCUCGUGAAACUACAAAAUAACCUAAAAAUCUCUGUCAACCUUCAGAAAAAUUAUGAGACAUCAAUAUGUCCCAUGAAAGAAUUUUUUAUUUUGCUCCACAAUAAUUCAAAAAGAUAGUCUAGAGCAAGGUAAUGUUUUAAAAUUGAGUUCAAAACAUGAAUAAGACUAUUAGCAAAAAAAAUAAACCUGAUAAGUGCUCUUUUCCAAACAAUACUGACGACUUACCAAAAAAAUGCAUCUUAAGUGAAGGAGUUCCAGAAAAAAGCCAGCCAAAAAACGGAUUGGUUAAUGGGCUAACUCUAGAGACUGGCAGUGCGAAGAAAAGUGGCAGGAAAAACAGGCGAAACAAGCACACACUUCCAAAUUCUCAUCCUAACAUAAAUGGUGAUCAUCAUCCUGAGGACAACUGUAAAGUCCCAGAGAAUCAGCUAGAUGUAGAUGACCAUAAGACAGACAUCUCACAAGACCAAAGCAGCACUAGUGUAGCAGAGAGGAUCCCUCUGAGUAAUGGUAUCCCAGUAGAAAAUUUAGAAGUUAGCAAAACCAGUAAAAAGAAGAAAAACAAAGUUAAUUUGGAUUCUAAUGAUAACAUUUCAUCAACUAUAUGUGAUAAUAAACUUUCUUUAGGAGAAUUGACAGAGCCAACUACCAAUGAUUUGUGUAAUAAAGAUAUAAAGCCAAGUAUAAAUCAUAACUCAGAGGCAGUACAGCCUUCAAGUAGUACAGUUAUCUUAGGGAUAGAAAGCAGUUUGGAAAACAUACAAUUGUGUGACAGCAGUAAUCCUCCUGUAGAAGAUAGUGCUAAAAGUAAACCUAAGCCUAAAAUCGACUUUGUACAAUAUGAAUCUGAGGUUCAGAUGCCUAUGAUCAUGAAGAUAAUUCAAAAGGACCUGUCAGAGCCAUAUUCUAUUUAUACUUAUAGAUAUUUUAUACAUAAUUGGCCAAAGCUCUGUUUCUUGGCAAUGCACGAAUCCGAGUGUGUGGGCGCCAUCGUCUGCAAGCUGGACAUCCAUCGCAAAGUGGUGAGGCGCGGCUACAUCGCAAUGCUGGCAGUCGACGAGAAGUACCGCAACUGCGGCAUUGGUUCCAACCUGGUACAACUGGCCAUCACGGAGAUGAUCACGGGUGAUGCGGACGAAGUGGUACUGGAAACAGAAGUCACCAACAAGCCAGCAUUGAUGCUUUAUGAAAAGCUGGGCUUCGUCAGGGACAAACGGUUGUUCAGGUACUACCUGAAUGGAGUUGACGCCCUCAGGUUGAAGCUGUGGCUGAGAUGAGUACAGUUUUGGUAGUAUAUUUUCGAUGGGGUUAAUAGGAGGUAGUAAUUGUUAGGUUAUGAGUGAGACAGGUCAGGUCUGAAACAUUCUAGUGAGAGACUCUAAAUCUGAGUUGUGUAUUCCACUAAUAAUCCGCUGUGCUUAAACUGGCAAGAUAUGAAAUCAUAUCAAAAGAAUCUAACAUUUAUGUUGCCUUAGCAGGUGUUAUCAAAGAUAUACACAUUCUAUCUACUUAGCUAGGUAGACAAAAAACUACAUUGGCACUGUUGGUGAUUCCAGGGUCCAUCUGAAAUCUGUCCUUAUAGAUUGAAUUACUGUUAUCUCCUGUAAACUGUGACCGAAUUUGAAGAGCUCCAGGCAACAAUCUAAUCAAUAUACUUCCAAAAUUAUCUGUAUGAUCAACCCAAUCCUCAGCUUUGCUGAUGACAGCACUCUGUACAUGCAGGAAUUCAGAGUGUCAAGUAGAUUUCUGCUGGUGAGCUGGAGAAAAGAAGACUAGCAGCGACUUUCUCUCUAACGAGAGACCUGGAGGUUAUCACUGCUUGGGGACGCAAACAAUCUCGUACGGUUUAAUGGUUCCAAAACACAAUACUGUACCUUGACGAAUAAAAAGCAUCCUAGCGCUCAUUAAGCUUCGAUGGAUGGCCGAGUUCUACCAAAGAGCCAUCCAUUUCGGCUGGUCGCAGUCCAUAUCAUCGAAGACUUGAUCUGAGACACAUAUACAACGCACCUCCUCACUCUGUACAAGGCCCAGAUAUGACCUAGCAGCCUUGAGUAUUGCUCACAUGUUUGGGGUACUGCCACCCCGACUACGCCAUUAUCCAUGCUCGAGGCUGUGCAGAGGAGGGCUGUUCGACUGAUCUAACCCUCUUUUCUAAAGGAAAGUCUCAGGACCCUUUCGCACUGGCGGACCGUCGGCGAUUUAACCCUUCCACGGCUUUGCCAAUGGGUUUUGCUCCUAGGAGCUCUCCUCCAUAAUGUCGCCGCGCGAAGUGCCUGCCAGACAGACUGGCCUGAUUUCGGCCUCCCAUCUUAACCGAGUCGAACUUUGUACAUCCAGAACUGGUCGGUACGACCGCUGCUCUGUCGCUAGGGUAUUCGAGAUUGUGGAACAAUCUACAAGAGGAGGCUUUCCCAGUUCCACUAAGCUUGGGCAGUUCAAAAAUUUGAUAAACAAAGUCUCUUUGGGAUCCUCAUAGCAGCCGCGCUUCCCUGGCAUUUAGGCUUCUGCCUGCGGGGCUGCUUAACUGUAAAAAUAGUAAUGAUACAGAUUACGGUUCCACUUGCCUCUUAAUUUUCAAUUUUGUCAAUGCAUCAUUUCAAUUUGAAUUGAGUAUUUCGAUCGCUUGAUAAAAAAUGCAUUUUUAAUAGCCAAUAUAGGUUAUUUGAAGAUCAAUACAUUUCAUCCCCAUUUUUCUGUUUGCGUAUUGAAACACAACUUUUGACGUCGUGCUAAAACUGGUGUGAAGUUUUGUUUGAACUUUGGAAGGAAUUUUUUUGACACCCGCUCAUACAGCCAAAAUAUUCAAUAAAUAGGUUUUACAAACAAAUAUAAUCAUAUGCAGACUUUUUUGGUAAUACCCCAUUCACCAGGUACUCUGAAUGUAGCAUUUUUGGAUCCAAAAUUGCAAUGUCCAAUUUUACUCCCGCUAAGCUGGAUCUGAUUGGAGGUAAAACUGUCCAAAGUAGAUGAGAAAAAGACAGAUUUCAUAGAAGGUAACCCAAUUUGACAAGACACUUUAUCAAGUCUAUUGAGGUGAACAGCUGAUGAGUAAUUGAUAGCUUUAUCUGUUUAUAACCGUGUAUGCUGAUUUCAGUUGUUACCUUCCAAAUCUAGUCAUGUUCAUCUGGCUAUUAAUAUAAUUUCUAAUUUGAAAAAAAGCUGUUGAAGCACCUAAAAUGUUUGAAACUUCAUCUGCUAAUAUACGCAUAUUUCAUUCUGGAUAAGAAUAAACGCGAUAGACAAAACAAUCACAUUAUAUAUUGAAAGAUAUUCAUGAUUGCGUCUUCUCACCCCAGUGUCUUCAGAUUUUGUUCAUACAUGGUGAAAUGUAAAAGUUGUUCAGAGUUUAUUUUCUGGUAUAUACAUGUUACGAGGGAUGUCUUUUAAGUUUUGCAUAUGGAAAUAAAACAACACGGUAGGUAAUUUUAAAUGACUAUUGUUUGUCGAAGUAUUCUCCACGAAGAUUAAUACACAUCUGCAUGCGUUCGAACCAAUUGUCGAAGCACCUAUUCCACUCGUUUGCUGGCAGAUCCAAACCGGCAUUUUUGAAUGCGUUAACUGCGUUUUUGAUUUUCGGAAAAGUAAAAAAAAAACGUUAGGACUUAGAUCGGUUACUAUAUGGAGGAUGGUCCAAUAAUUCCACGUUUUCUUCCGUUAAAUACUGCCUUGUUUUUUGGGCUGUGUGCGAGCUUGCAUUCUCUUGAUGGAGGGGUUGAUUUUUCGAAGCUCGGUGAUGACUUUUGGCAAACAAAUGGUGAUAUACCAAUCUGCAGUAGCAGUUCUUUGCUCAUUAAGACGAAUUGUUGCAGUGUGACCCGCUUUUGACACAAAUGUCGCGGCCAUCUUUUUCGAAAUACUUCGAGAACGGAUGACUUUUAUUGGCUUUUCUUCACCUUGGAACACCCAAACAGCCGACUGUCGUUUAUUUUCUGGUUCAUAACAGGAAAUCCACGAUUCAUCACCACUAACAAUGCUGUACACAUUUUUUGAGUUUCCGGAAUUGAAACGGUCAAGCGUUUUUUGACACCAAUUAACCCUGGCUGAUUUGUGCUCUUCAGUCAACAGGUGGGGUAUCCAACGAGAAACUAAUUUUCUUGCUCCUAAUUCUUCAUGUAAAAUUUUUUGAAUUGAGGUCUUUGAGAUCUUCAAGGACGCCUCAAUCUCGAGAUAUGUCACAUGUCUAUCUUCAAUGAUGAGAUUGCGCACAGCAUCGACGUUUUCCUGGGUGACUGCCGUUUUUGGUGCACCCACGCUGAAAUCGUCGCUAAGACUCACCCGUCCACGUUUGAAUUCUCCAUACCAACGGGAAAUUGUCGACUGAUGUGGCGCUUCGUUUCCCAAAACAGACAGUAACUCAGCAAGGCCAUCUUGUUGCGAUAAUUGUCUCUGAAAGUUGUAAUAAAUUAUGGCGCGAAAAUGUUCUCGGUUGAGUUCCAAUUUUCUAAUGACUUGGUGACGUGACACUCAAAAAUUCACUGUAGUGAGAACACUGUAUUGUUGUGGAACUUUGAAUUUAAGUUUACUAAAGAGUGAGGUUAAUAUUCAGUACUGACGUUCGAUUCGUGCGGCUUACUAUGUUUCUAUAUGCAAAACUUAGUAAUCAUGCGUUCGAUCAGCUGUGGCACGCUGCCCUCUUAUGCAAACUUCCAUCCUAGAGAAGCUUUGCAGAUGGCUGGCUGACUUUCUCUCUGGCUGCAAGAUAUCCGUCAUAAUUGACAGGUCUUCCUCUUCAUCCCACAACGUCAACGCGGGUGUUCCCCAGAGAUCCAUCCUGGCACCAGCACUGUUCCUCUUACAUAUCAACGACCUCCAUUCCUGUACGAUCAGUCCAAUACACAGCUUUGCUGAUGAUAGCACUCUACAUGCAGGAAUUCAAAGUGACAAAGCCAACCUCUGCUGAUGAGCUGGAGAAAAGAAGACUAGCAGCGACUUCCUCUCUGGCGAGAGAUCUGGAGGUUAUCUCUGCUUGGGCAUACGACAGUAUUGUACAUUCUAAUGCUUCCAAAACACAGUACUGUACCUUAACGAAGAAAAAGCGUCCUAGCGCUCGUUUGGUUUCAAUGGAUGGCCGGGUUCUACCAUAGAGCCGUUCAUUUCGGCUGGUCGGAGUCCAAAUCACCGAGGACUUGAUCUUGCACGAACGCAUCUCGUUAAUUUGUCAUGUUUGGAGUGCUGCCGACCCAACUACAUUAUCCAUGCUUGAUGAAGUUCAGAGGAGAGCUGUCCGACUGAUCGAUGACUCUUCUCGGGAACCUUUCGCACCGGCGGGCCAUCGGCGAUCUAGCUCUCUUCUACCGCUAUGCCAGUGGGCUUUGCUCCUCAGAGGUCUCCUCCAUAAUGCCGCCUCGCGAUGUGCCUGUCAGUCAGACCCGCCUAACUUUUUCCUGGCACUAACCGUGUUAGUACAUACAGAACUAGUCGAUACGACCGCUCCUUUGUCCCUAGGGUAUCGAGAUUGUGGAACAAUUUACAGAGGAGCAGGCUUUUCCCCAGUUCUACUAACCUAGGUAGUUCAAAAAUCAAAUUAAAGUUUCUUUGAGCUGCUCGUAGCAGCUGCGAUGCUCUGGCUUUUGCAUAUGGGAUACCAAUUCAGUAAGAACCAUAGAUGUAUGAAAUGCAUGUUUAUUUGUACUAUUUCUAUUUUAAGCUACUUACCAUGUAUGAGAGAAUCCUGUCCACUCCGGAAAAAUCAUUCACAUCUGACCUGUAUAUUGACACAUUGUUGUAGUGAUGACUUUGUCAUUGCUAUAAAACAUUAUUUUGUGUAUACAAAAGUUGCAUGCCUUUACCAUCUUAACACUAAUUCUAUAUUGAUUUUUGAUAACUCGAUUUUGUUAAAGUAUAGUUAAUUAUUGUUGAAAAUUUUAUUACUGUUGUUUGUUAUGUUCACUCUCUAGCAAGAUGUAAUUUAUUUUCCCAAAAUAAACAGCGACUUUUAGACAAGUAUCAUGUUUCAAAAGUAUCACUUUGGUUCUCAAUUGUCUGUAUAAUCUAUGUUUUGCAAUGCUUCGAUCUAAGUCAAUAGUCAGUUCAUUUAACUAUGACUGAACAUAUUGUCAUUUAAAAAAUUGUGAAACAACCUAUGUGUUGGUCAGACGUAGUACUUUUGAAGUACUUGGUGGUAUUGGGUUAUUCUACCUGCAGUGGAUAUUUAGGCAAUAUACAGGGUGUUUCAGUUUAUUGUUGCAUAACUUUAAGAUUCGAUAGAGCUUUUAAAAUCAAUGCAUAAAGUCUAUAUGAACAUGGGUUGAAAAAUGCGUGGCUUCCGAAAUACAGGGUGUUUAAAUUUACUUUCUAAAAUAGUUUUUUUAAAUAUUUCGAACAAUAUUUGAUGUAUAACAGUGAAAAUUGGUAUACAAGGGUUUUUUGGUACGAGAAAACGAACCAUGGGCAUAGUUUUACUGUAGCCGCUAGAGGGCGCUCUCUACUGUACCUGUAGCGUAUUAAAAUGACCGAAAAUUUUUUCUUAGUGCAAUUUUUUGCUUUUUGAAUAAAAAAACUCAUUCUUCGCACUUUUAUGCAUAAAAAAGCUCUCUUGUGAGUUUUCGU